UGACCUAACUUGGAAACGACGACAGAUUCAAUCAACAAUGGCGAUGUCGGAUCUUACACAGGAUUUGGUAGAAGAGGUGAUCUUGAGAGUUCCGCUAACAUCUCAUAAAGCAGUGCGAUCUACUUGCAAAAACUGGAACACUUUAUCGAAAAACUUGAUGAGCUUGAAAGGGAUAAACCUUGCCAAAGCAAGAGCAGCAACAAAGCAGGAGUUUCUGACAAUCGUGAUAAUGGAUUUUAAGGUUUAUCUAAUGAGCUUUGAUCUCCGUGGACUUCACAAUGACAACGACGUGGAAUUAUCUAUAAAGCGAGAAGGUAAACUGAUUAGCCUAAACGAUACAGAGGGAGUCCGUGUAUCUAGAGUCUUGCACUGUAGCGGUUUGUUGUUAUGCAUCACCAAAGAAUAUAAUCCGAGGCUUGUGGUUUGGAACCCUUGUUCUGGACAAACAAGGUGGAUCGAACCUAGAGGUUCUUACCACAAAAAGAACAACUAUGCUCUCGGAUACGAGAUGAAGAACAAAUCUUGUCGAAGCUACAAGAUUUUGAGAUAUUUGGAUGCGUAUGACAUUAGUGUAAGGAUUCUAUAUUGUGAGUUUCAAAUCUACAAUUUUGAUUCUAACUCAUGGAAGGCUGUUCAGGCCACUCCUCGCUGGAAUAUACAUUAUUAUCAACGUGGGGUGUCUCUCAAGGGAAAUACUUACUGGUUUGCUCAAAGCACGAAUCUAGGAGGAUAUAGUUUCUUACUUUGUUUUGAUUUUACAGCUGAGAGAUUUGGACCGCCUCUGCCUAUGCCUAUUUUCCACGUUGUUGAAGAUACCGUGACUCUAUCUAGUGUCAGAGAUGAGCAACUCGCAGUGUUAUUUAAGCGACGUGGUGCAUUACAUAUGGAGAUAUGGAUUACGUAUGAGAUUGGGCCCAGAGAGGUGUCGUGGAGGAGCAAGUUGUUCUUAGCGGUGAAUAUAAAACCAUUUACUUAUCGAUACCCACGUGAACAUGGGAGUUUCUUUGUUGACGAGGAGAAGAAAGUCGCCGUGGUUUUUGGUAGAGACUUGGAUGAACCUGACCACAUUCGCGACGCAGCUUAUAUCACUGGAAAAGAUGGAUACUUGAAGAAAGUGGAUCUUGGAGAAUCUACAUUCAAACUUGAUUCCCCAUAUAUUUGCUCUUCUUAUGUUCCAAGCUUAGUUUAA